AUGGCUGCAACUUCCAAGGCGAAGUCCCGGGCACCUUAUGUGAACCUCUUCGACCUGCCGGAGCUGAUGCCGGGGGCCCAGCCCUCGGCCAACCCGGCGCAGCGGGAGGAGUUCGAGCAGCGCUGCCGCCAACUUCACCGUGAUGAGGAGAAGGAGAGACUGGAGCGCCAACACGAGCAGAGCAUGACAGCCGCGGCCAGGGAGCAAGCUUCAGUGAGUGAGCUGCAGGCCAUGUUUCCCACCUUGGAUGCUGACUUGAUCCGCGUAAUCCACGCAGAAGCACCAACGCCUCAAGAAGCCGUGGAGACACUGCUGGCCUUGUCAGUGGAUGAUGAUCAACCGCGGGCGGCCACUCCACCUCCGCUGGACAUGGGCAUGGAUGAUCACGAGAAGUUCCCAGUGUUGACGGACGCCGAAGGCUGGCAGGUAGUCAGCCAGAAAUUGAUCGAUGGGAAGAAGGAGGAGGACCUCGGCAGCGCGUGGUGUGACCGCGCCAAGGCCGUUCAGCACAUGCCGGCGGCUCCGGUGCCGCAGCCAGCGGCUCCGUUGCCGAAGCGCAAGGCCAAGAAGGAGGAGUCGAAGGAGGUGGAGGAAGACGAUAUCUUGGAGACUGAUUACGACUUCCGCCACAGGAUCGGCCAGAACCGUGCCAAGGCCCGCGCGAGGUUCGGACGUGGAGCAGGCCGCGGAAACGCCACUCGUCAGUCCACAGAGGCAGAGGACGAAGAGGAGGCAUCUGUGGACGGUUCCAGCUGCACUGAUUGGGCUUGA